AUGCCGGUACCAAGCAUGCAUCCAUCUACUUGGGAGGGCAGUCACGCUAUGUUGAACCAGCGCGAUAUGGCAGGGAUGAGGCAAAACCAAGGUCCCCGCGAUGUACAAAUGGGCGGCGGUUUUCAUCAGAAAAGAUGGGCGGCGGGAGACGAUAGCAUUCUUGAACAG